AUGGCUUCACCUAUACUGGUGAAAGAGAAGAAACUCCUGGAUGUCAAACUAGGAGAGCUGCCAAGCUGGAUACUGAUGUGGGAUGUCACCCCUCAAGGCACUUCUGGAGUGUUUCAAAGAAGUUACUACCAGUAUUACAAGUAUGUCCAUGUGGAGAAGGGAGGUGUUGUUGGGAUUUCUGUGGUGCUGGCACAUUCUGUGCUUUUCAGCUAG